UGCUGCGCUCACUCACUAGCCUGGACCAAGAGUAACAAGACUAAGAGCAUGCAGUAGUAAUACAGAACGAAGCUAUUGGGAUCGUAUUAAGGAAGGAAAAGUGUUGUCCUCUAAACGAAAACGUACUUGUGAGAUUAAUUGGUCAAGUCUAUUCAUCUCGGAGGCCGAGGGGGCGUGAUCCACUCGUUCUCUAAAAUGAUGCGACAAGUUGUUUACCAGACUGGGGUAGCUGUGACCAGUGCUGCAAGCAACUACCAGAAUAUAGAUACCAUUGACUCAGCUGGACUAGCUGAGCUCUCCCAUGCUGAGUACCAGAGGGGGAACUAUGAUCGCUCAGAGCAGCUCUGCAUGGAGCUAUGGCGUAGGGAACCAGAGAACACUGGCUGUCUCUUGCUCCUCUCGUCCAUUCACUUCCAGUGUCGCCGACUAGACAAAUCUGCUCAGUUUAGUGCCCUGGCUAUUAAGAAGAAUCCUAUGCUGGCUGAGGCCUACUCCAAUCUAGGCAACGUGUACAAAGAGAGGGGUCAGCUACCACAGGCCCUGGACAACUAUCGCCAUGCCAUCAGUCUCAAGCCAGAGUUUGUGGAUGGCUACAUCAAUCUGGCUGCUGCUUUGGUAGCGGCUGGAGAGCUUCAUCAAGCCGUUGAAGCUUACAUGACUGCACUCAGAUACAACCCUGACCUGUAUGGAGUGAGAAGUGAUUUGGGCAACCUAUUCAAGGCUCUAGGGAGAUUGGAAGAUGCUAAGGCAUGCUAUAUGAAGGCCAUUGAAACUCAACCAAACUUUGCCGUGGCCUGGAGUAACUUGGGCUGCGUGUACAACGCUCAGUCUGAAAUAUGGCUGGCCAUUCACCACUUUGAGAAGGCGGUUCAACUUGACCCUUCUUUUCUGGAUGCUUACAUAAACUUUGGGAAUGUUCUCAAGGAGGCUCGAAUAUUCGACCGUGCUGUGGCAGCUUACCUAAGAGCCCUCAGUCUGAGUCCUAACCAUGCCAUUGUCCAUGGCAACCUGGCCUGUGUGUACUAUGAGCAAGGGCUUAUAGAGCUGGCUAUAGACACUUACAAAAGGGCCAUUGAGCUUCAACCACACUUCCCUGAUGCUUACUGCAACUUGGCAAAUGCUCUCAAAGAACAGGGAAAGGUACCAGAAGCUGAGGAAUGUUACAACACCGCCCUACGAAUGAACCCCAACCACGCUGACUCUCUUAACAACCUGGCAAACAUCAAGAGAGAGCAGAGUCGUAUCGAUGAGGCCAUCACUCUAUACAGAAAGGCCCUUGAGAUCAAUCCUGAGUUCGCAGCUGCUCAUUCGAACCUGGCCAGCAUACUGCAGAUGCAGGGGAAGCUCAAGGAGGCUCUUAUGCACUACAAAGAAGCCAUUAGAAUCCACCCCAAUUUUGCUGAUGCCUACUCCAACAUGGGCAACACACUCAAAGAGAUGCAAGAUGUGCAGGGAGCUUUGCAGUGCUACACCAGGGCCAUUCAAAUCAACCCAGCCUUUGCUGAUGCACACAGCAACUUGGCAUCUAUUCACAAAGACUCUGGGAAUAUACCAGAUGCCAUAGCUUCGUAUAAGAUGGCUCUGAAAUUGAAACCUGAGUUUCCUGAUGCUUUUUGCAAUCUUGCUCACUGCUUACAGAUUGUCUGUGAUUGGAGUGACUAUGAGACAAGAAUGGCCAAAAUUGUUCAACUGGUGGAUGACCAACUGGCCAAGAACCGGCUACCCUCUGUCCACCCUCACCACAGCAUGCUCUACCCCCUCACCCACGCUCAGAGGAGGGGCAUAGCAGGAAAACAUGCUGCCCUCUGUCAAGAGAAAGUUAUCUCACUCAAACGUACUCCGUUUGCUUACCCAAAGGGACUGUUUAACAGUGGUGGUCGACUGAGAAUUGGCUAUGUCUCCUCUGACUUCUGCAACCACCCCACCUCUCAUCUCAUGCAGUCCAUACCAGGAUUCCACGAUCAAACCAAAGUGGAGGUUUUCUGCUACUCCCUUACUCCAGAUGAUAAGAGCUCCUUCAGAAAGAAGAUCUCUGAAGAGGCCGAGCACUUCAUCGAUCUCUCUGAGGUACUGGAUAAUGGCAAGGCAGCUGACAUGAUCAACAAAGAUGGUAUCCAUAUACUUAUCAAUCUGAAUGGCUACACCAAGGGAGCAAGAAAUGAGAUAUUUGCACUCCAACCUGCCCCAGUUCAGGUGAUGUGGCUAGGGUACCCUGGGUCCAGUGGGGCUGAUUACAUGGAUUACAUCAUCACCGACAAGUUCACCUCCCCGAUCAACCUGGCAGAACAAUACAGCGAGAAGCUCGCCUACAUGCCACACACUUUCUUUGUUGGUGACCAUCGCUACAUGUUCCCCCAUCUCCUCCUGAAGGGCCAAGGCACAACCAACCCUGAGGCCAUCAAGUCCAUCGAUUCACAGUCUGGUGUCAUACGAAUCAACAACGUGUUGCAGAAGCCGACCCACCCUGUGAUAAGCUCAGUCAACUUGGUCUCCCAACAAUCUCAACCGCAACAAGGUUCCCAUCAUGCCAACAUGCUCAAUCUUCAACAUCAAAACCCUCACUUCUUGCAGCAGCAAGCACUCCUUCUUCAACAGAGUAUGGCCUCUCAGUCCACCAGUGUGUACAGUGGUGGUCAACUCCCAGCUGCUCAGCAAGCAGUCCAACAAGAGUUGUACACCGAUCCCACUGAUCUUCCACUCACAACAAGGGCACAUUACGGACUUCCUGAGAACGCUAUCAUCUAUUGUAACUUCAACCAACUCUACAAGAUCGAUCCUUUGACUUUAAAAUCCUGGGUGAACAUUCUCAAACGAGUCCCAAACAGUGUUCUGUGGCUCCUUCGAUUUCCGGCGUCUGGGGAGAACAAUGUGACGGCCAUGGCUAGUAAACUGGGCCUCCAACAAGGACGAAUCGUAUUCUCUCAUGUAGCCUCAAAAGAAGAGCAUGUACGAAGAGGAAGGCUAGCCGACCUGUGUUUGGACACGCCCCUUUGCAACGGGCACACGACGGGUAUGGAUGUGCUGUGGGCGGGAACACCUGUACUGACCCUCCCCCUGGAGUCACUGGCAUCUCGCGUGGCCGGGAGUCAGCUGCACGCUCUUGGGUUCCCUGAGCUGGUAGCGGGGAACAGACAAGAGUAUGAGGAGAAGGCUGUACAACUAGGAGUCAAUUCCUCAGAGCUGGCACUGCUAAAGGCCCGUGUGCAAGAUGCUCGAAUGAAGGCCCCCCUGUUUGACACUCAACAAUAUACGAGAGAUUUAGAGACUCUAUUCUCCAUGAUGUGGGACAGACACGAGAAAAGACUUGCCCCAGACAAUUUACAAAUUUCCUAACUUUUCACUGACUGGCAAAUUUGAUAUAGACAAUGUCUUUUGACUUCUUUCAUUCUACUUAGCGCUUUGUGCUGGUCAGUGUGUGUGUGUACUGACCAUCAACUUUAUGUACUGCACUAUGAUUUACUCUUUGUUCUAGUCUUUAGUCUUUCCUUUAUUUGUUUGUGGUAACAUAUUAUAUAUAAAUUAUUACAGAAAACAGA